AAGGCCGAAUUCUUCUGAAUGAUACUUCGUUACAAUUGUUAAUAAUAAGUUGAGAAACGUGCGGCUUCGAGUUACAUUGCCUUAAUAAAACUACAAAAAAAUGAAUUAUUACUCAACUAAACGCAGAAUCGGUGAUUUGAGUGUUGAACGUAACAAGUGAGUGAUUGCAGCAUAAUAAAUUGAUGUUCGAUACAAUUGUGUGAAGAAAAAUAUUUUUUCUAGGAACGAAAUCACUAAAAAAAUGAAAAUUGACCUUCCUGCUGAACUGGCUUCUUGGGCAAAUGCGUCUAAAACAAAAGCAGACAGUUUCACGAGACUUCUAAAAAUUUUGCAAAGGCAUGGGUAUCCUGAUCUCCCGUCUGAUUCACGAACAUUGUUGGAGACUCCUCGACAAACUUCGUUGUUAGUUAGAAAUGUUCCACCCGGGCAAUAUAUUCAUAUUGGCAUUGAAGCUGGCGCUCUGUACACUUUGAGACAAAAUGGGAUUGAUGUUAAUGGGCUCCAAUUUAUGAUUAUUGACUACAACACGGACGGGGUACAAAUUAGCAAAAGUACCACACAAGUAUUUUGGCCGAUCUGGUGCAGAAUCAGGAAUCCUUACAUUGGACAACCUUUUUUAUGUGGAAUUUUCUACAGUAACUCUGGAGGACCAAAAGACGCUAACUUAUUUAUUCUUGAUUUCGUGAAUGAGUUAAAAUACCUAAUAACGAAUGGCUUGAAAGUUAAUAACAAAACCAAAAUACCGAUUCGUGCCGGUAGAUUCAUGGGCGAUGCCCCAGGACGAUGUGAUAUAAUGGGCUUAAAAGGCCCAACUGGUUACUACGGCUGUAGUCGGUGUACAACAAAGGGACUUCAUUGUGAGAAUCGUGUCUGCUUUCCGGAGUUGAACGCGGCUUUGAGAUCAGACAAAGAUUUUAAAGAUAGAGCUCAGCCACAACAUCAUCACUUCACUUCUUUCCUGGAAGAAGUUCUUGAGUUGCUAGGUGUAACUCAAGCUCCAAUAGACGGUAUGCAUUUAGUCUACGCUUGCGUUACGCGACGAAUUUUGUUUUGGUUAAACACCGAUUGUGUCAAUUAUAAAUUUCGACUCUCGUCCGCUCAAAUCGGUACGGUAAAUAAUUUGUUGGAAAUUGCUGCUUUGACGAGACCAGUUGAGUUUGCUCGACCAGUGAAAGGCAUUCAUAAAUACAAAAAAUUUAAGUGCACUCAACUAAGACAAUUUCUGUUGUACCUUAGUAUUGUCGUGUUAAAAAAAGUAUUUUCGGAAUUUCAGUAUGAACAUUUGCUUCUAUUGGUAAUCGGGAUUCGGUUACUGAGUGACGAAAAACAGUUUGUAAAAAAUAAUGCACUUGCAAAGAAAAUGUUGCACGAUUAUGUACAAAUUUUGGAAACGAAAUUCGGCAAAUGGCGUGUCAUUUAUAGUGUGCAUAAUUUGAUUCAUUUAGCUGAUGAAGUGCUAACUCAAAAUGAGCCACUCGAUCGAUUCUCUAUGUGGGAGUUUGAAACCGCAAACAAUGGGUUGAAAGAAUUCACGAAACGCCAAGGAGCUUACUUGCAGCAAUGUUAUAACCGAACAUUUGAAAAAUAUAAUUACCGACGCGACAAUCCUGCUCAUUUAAUUAAAUAUCCAAUUCUGAAAUUUCACAUUGAAAAUGAAUAUGCUGGUAUCAAUAUAGCGAAGCAAUUUUUUUCUCGUGUCAUAUUUGAACAUUUUAUGUUAGAUCAGUCUUCAGGUAAUAAAUGGUUUGUAACAACUUCAGGUGAAAUUGGAUUAUUCGAACAAGCGGUACUUGUGGAUGAAAAAAUUAAAAUUCGAUGUCGCUUCAUAAAACGAAAAUUUAACUAUUUUGAAAAGCCACUAAACUCAUCUCUAUUACUCAUUUUCCAGUGCAACGAAGAUGACUUAACUAAUCUUUUUGAGAUUGACUCCGAUCAUAUACAGUCCAAAAUGUUCAUGAUAAAAGACGGAGGAAGCUCAGUUUUUAUCCCACUUUUAUAAAAACAAUUGUAAUUUUGAAUUAAUUUUUUAAUGGGCAAAUAUCACAA